AUGUUUCGAGUUGACAUGAUUAUUUUAUGUAUUAUGUUAUUGUCUGCUUGCCAUAUACAAGAGAAACCAGUAACUGCACAGUCAGUUGAAGUACCUUUGUCUCCAGGUCAAGAAUGUCAGAUGACCCCUGUUAUACACGUUCUAAAACAUCCAGGAUGUAUACCUAAAGCCAUACCUUCGUUUGCGUGUAUUGGAAAAUGUACCAGCUACGUUCAGGUCUCUGGUAGUAAAAUAUGGCAAAUGGAACGCACCUGCAACUGCUGCCAGGAGUCUGGGGAGCGGGAGGCCACAGUAGUUUUAAUUUGCCCGAAAGCUAAAAGCGAGGAUAAAAGAUUGAGAAAAAUUACUACUAAAGCUCCCUUGGAAUGUAUGUGUCGGCCCUGCGGCAGUAUUGAAGAAAGUGCUAUUGUUCCUCAAGAAGUCGCUGGAUAUGCUGAAGAAGGUCCCCUAUACAAUCAUUUUAGAAAAAGCUUUUAA